AUGAUUCAGAGGUUGGCGGUUAAGAAGGAGUUGUUCGAUAGGACGUAUCCGUUGAUUUUCAACAUGAUGGCAAGGGGCUCGGAGGAGUUGCAGGAGAUGUGUAUUGUGUGGAGGGAUUGGAGGACUGUGAGGGAGGGGUGGGGGCUGAAGGGGUUGGUUUUUAGAGAGGUUAGGGAGCGGGAGCUGUUGGGGAGCGGGAGGGACAAUGAGUACAUGGAGUUUAUGCUUAGGAGGUGGAGGAAGACUUUUGGUGACGGGGUCAAGAGCGAAGGUGGUCAUUUGCAGGGGGAAAGGAAGCGGAAGGGGGUGCGGAUUCGAAUGGGUGUUGUGGAAGAGGUCUCGACAUGA